AUGUUACUUACUUUCACUUUUUCAUUUUAUUCAAUGUCCACUUAUUCUACUAUGCCAGUAGACUGCUGAAUGGCCAUGUGCAGAUAUAAUAAGCAGCAUCGUGCAGCGAAUAAUACCCGGACUAAUUGGGACACUUUUGCUAGGAGGGCCCGGCAAUUGCAUGACGAGACAACAUGAUUAGAAGUCGUGUGUCAACCUGCUACCAACCACACAGCCGCAUAUUUCUCAAUUCUGCUUCAUAUUCCACAGAAUCUCACAAGCCACCUCCAUGGAGACCUGCUAGUAUACUUGAUGAGUGGGUGGAAAAACAAGUGCGCCCAAUCAGUCUUCGUCAAUUGACCUUUUUUGGUCGAGCUUUGACAGAGCCUCGCUUGCUGAGUUCUGCGAAUUAUGUUCGAACCGAGCUUCCUACGAGACUUGCUCAUCGUCUGCGUGACAUGCAAAGACUGCCUUAUGUAGUUGUCGCAAACCCGCAUAUAUCGACGGUCUAUGAACUUUACUACAAGGCUUUCGAGAAAUUUAGGACUAUUCCCGAAAUCAAGUCCUUAGCCGACAAUAAUCGCUACUGUGAUGUCUUACGUGAGAUGCUCAAGGAGCACCUCACGGUCAUUCCGAAUCUCGCCAUGGGGGUGCUUGAGUGCCAAGGACUUGUGAAACCGGAUGAAAUUGAUCGAUUCCUAAACACGAUGCUUCGCGCGAGAAUAUCUCGUCGGGUGAUAGCAGAGCAGCACCUUGCUUUGACAGAGUCCUUUAACACGUCACAGGAAUCGAUAAAAUCUGAUCCUAGAACUGACCAGAAUUCCGAUUUCGUCGGUGAGGUCUUCCUCAAAUGCAAUGCAAAGGAUGUGGUUGAAAGUUGUGGAAAAUUCGCACAGGAGUUGAUGCGCCAGAGUUCUGGGUCAAAUAAAAUACCUGAGAUUAACAUUAAGGGGCAUCUGGACGCAACGUUCCCCUAUAUACUUGGCCAUUUGGAAUAUAUCAUCGGCGAACUUUUGCGAAAUUCUAUUCAGGCAGUGAUGGAGAAGUAUCGAGAAAGCCCUACAGAUCCUCCACCAAUAGAGGUUCUGAUUUGUGAGGCAUCGCAGUAUGUUACUAUGCGCAUAUCUGAUCGUGGCGGCGGUGUUCCCAGGGAGAUAUUUCCAACUCUGUGGUCAUUCAGUAAAGGACCACGGACACAAGAUCGUUUGGAAAAUCUCGGUCAGGUCCCCACUCUGGCUGCCACUAUGCAAGAACUCGAGGUUCCCCGGAAAAUGGAAGCUGGGCUCAAACGAACUUACCGAGAAGGCUCUUUGUCAACUUUGAGUUCACGUCCACCCAAUCUUCGCCUUGGUAUUGGACUUCCCAUGAGCAGAGUUUAUGCCGAAUACUGGGCUGGAAGCUUAGAACUACAUAGUCUGGAAGGCUACGGAGUCGACGCUUUCCUGCAAAUUUCGAAGCUCGGUAACAAGAACGAGCAAGUUACUACGCGGGCUUCGGUGGAUGCAGUAUGAUUUAUGUGUAUGGGCUGGAACGACCUUUGGAAUAUCAAUGCUACAUUUCAGGGUUGUAUUUAUUGUCGCGCGAGCACUACUACUAUACGACGAAGCUAGCACACAACCUGCUAAGCUAUUUGAGUCUCUGCAUUCAAACCAGACAUGUGGUAUGAUCCAGGUAAGCGGCUGCUCCUCUACAUCCGAGGCCCGGAUUGGGCCUACCUACGCAGCUUCGUCGAGGGCUUAAUAUCACGACCCAUCCUUUGGAAUAAAGAAAAUAAGGAAUUGGAAAGGCCGAUGAAGUCAAAUCACAUACUGCCUUCUUCAAAUCUUUCCCGAGGUAAAUAAUGACUAGGUAUCAUCAGGAUUGAACUUCCUGAAAAGCGAUUUCAAAUAAAUGAAAUUUUCAAACACUC